UUUACGCAUAAAUCACCCUUGAGUGCAGCUAUUUGCGCUGUCCAUACGUUUACUACAACGUCUAUAUUUAGUUGUUGUCAUAUGUCGCGGUCGUCAGCUGGGAUCCUGCAGCAGGACACGCCCCUGGGGCUGAAUGGAGUGCGCCGUGCGUGAAGUCCGACCUGCAGCGGAUCCGAACUUUUUCUGUUUGAAAGUUGCUUUUAAGAAGUAUCCGGCCGACGUAACUAAUUGGUUCAAGGCGGACUAAAUGCAGCGAUGACUCGAGAGGAAGAUCUCAUCCGGAUUGCAAAAAAACUGGACAAGAUGGUGUCUAGAAAUAACACGGAGGGCGCUAUAGACCUCCUGAAAGAGCUCCAAGGCUUCAAUAUGACACUUAAACUUCUCCAGGAGACAAGAAUCGGCAUGUCUGUGAACGGUAUCAGGAAGCACUGCACAGACGAAGAAGUUAUUGCCUUGGCAAAGGUCCUCAUAAAAGACUGGAAAAGACUUCUGGACUCUGGCCAUUCUAACUCUGAGAAAUCGACUGAAAUGAAAAACGGUUUGGACCCCGGCAAAACGGCAGCGUCUCCAAACAGCUCCCCCUCCGAGAGACACAGCAGGAAAGAUUCGUCUGACUGUAAACCGCCUCCUCUCAAAAAGCCCAGUUUGGAGGUGAAAAAAGAAAAGCACAGGAAGGAUUCCAGUGACUCAAAGUCCGGCCAACCUGUGAAACGUCAUUCAACGGAGUCCAAACCUGACAGACGGGAAUCAACUGAUUCAAAGAAAAGCAGCUCACCGCCAGCUAAGAAGCUCACAGCUGAAAGGAGAGAGUCUCACAGCUCCAAACCUCCUCAGCCUGGACCUCCACAGAGGAAGCCCUCUACUGACGGCAUCGACAGAAAGGGCAAAAUUGAAGCCCCUAAGACUCCCACCACCCCGACCAGCCCGAUGUCACCCAGCUUCAGCUCUCCUGGGGGUCCGCUGUCCCCUCACCUCUCCACUGGAGAAUCUGUCAGAGACAAGUGCAUUGAGAUGAUUUCAGCUGCUCUGCGCACCGACAAUGACUACAAAGACUUUGGAGCUAACUGUGACGGGAUGGCAGCGGAGAUUGAACAUCAUAUCUACCAGGAGACAAAGGCCACUGAUAUGAAAUAUAAGAACAGGGUGCGGAGCCGCAUCAGCAACCUGAAGGACCCCAAGAACCCUGGACUUCGCAGAAACGUACUGGCAGGAAGCAUCGACUUACACCGCAUUGCCACCAUGUCUGCUGAGGAAAUGGCCAGCGACGAGCUGAAACAGCUGAGGAACGUUCUCACCCAGGAGGCCAUCAGGGAGCACCAGAUGGCCAAAACUGGAGGCACCACCACUGACCUGCUGCAGUGCAGCAAGUGCAAGAAGAAGAACUGCACCUACAACCAGGUGCAGACACGCAGCGCUGAUGAGCCAAUGACCACAUUUGUUCUGUGCAACGAGUGUGGCAACCGCUGGAAGUUUUGCUGAUGCCGUUGAGGUGAAACCAAGUAUUUUUUUCUGAGCAUAUUGACCCGCUAAUUUUCUAUAAUGGGAGGGAAGGGACGUUUUUAAAUAAUUGCAGCUAGCGAUUUCAACAGAUUGAUGGUGUUCUUACAAUUUUUACUUAAAAUUUUGAGAUUUCUAAGCAUGUGCCAAUAAUCAGAGUUUGCUUUAUGUGGAUUUGAAGACUGAGCAUGAAUGUCAGUUUGAUGACUGAGUCAUUAAAUCAACCCGGUUGUAACUCAUCAGUAAUGGCGAUGGUGCUGUCACAAUAGAGACGCUUAAAACCCGUUUAAUACGCUGUGUCAUAUUACAGCUGUUCACUUUGUACAUAUCUAAUUCCAAUAAAACUGCAGAAAUCA